GAGGGUAGCUGCACGCCCACGCGCACUUCUAAGUGUUUAAGCUUCAUUAUUAUUUGUCGCCUACGCUUCGGGAGAGUAGCUUUAAGCACGUGACUCCUAAGAGUAAAAAGACGAUAGAUCACGAUCGAUCAUGGGUCUCCCUACUGGCUAUUCCCUCGUGUCCUCUGUGGCUCUGGCUGUCCUCACACUGGCAGCAAUGCAACUCUUCAGAGAUGAGCUAGGGGUCGAAGGUCGGAGGGCUAUCCUUGGAGGAUUCAUAGGAUCUUGGUUUUUCAUCUUUGUGCUCACUGCUGUUGGUAAUCUAGGCACUCUGAUGUUUGGAGAAGGCCACUAUACCAAGCUCUUCCCUGAAGUGAUUGUGUGCCUUUUAGCUUCUAUGCUAGUGUCAGGAUUGGUCCACAGGGUCUCUGCUACAACAUGUUUGCUGUUUUCUCUCGGAGCUCUGUACUUUAUUAACAAGAUCAGCUCAUCUGUUUACUCUCUGCCAAGCAAGGGGUCAGGGGUCAAAUCUAUGCCAGGAAAGGGCAAAGCUUACCGAUGAACAAUAAAUGUGGCAUCUUGUGAAAUAUGAAUAUAUGAUUAAUUUGAAGUUCUACAGUGUAAAAUAAAUUAUUGGUGAUCGCA